AUGCCACCUAAAGCCCGCAGAUCUACUGGCGCACCAUCCGCCCGUCGAACGCGACCAGGAGAUGUACAAGCUGGCGACCCUGUCCCCAUAAGACAAAAAAGACGGUAUCGCCCCGGAACCGUUGCCCUGCGCGAGAUUCGCCAAUACCAAAGCGGCACCAAGCUGUUACUAUUGAAACUCCCUUUCAUGCGGCUGGUUCGAGAAAUCGGCAUGAACUGUCGGCCGAGGGGACGAGAGUUCAGAUGGCAGAGCCAAGCCAUCCAGGCUCUGCAGGAAGCAGCCGAGGCAUUCAUGGUGCAUCUUUUCGAGGACGCCCAGCUCUGUGCCGUCCACGCCAAAAGAGUCACGAUAAUGCAAAAGGACAUACAGCUUGCAAGGCGCAUCCGAGGCAUCUGGGCGGGCCUCGGGUGA